AUGGAAGAUGUAAUUUUAACCAAACGUAAUUUACUCAUAAUUUUUAUUUUUUGAAGGCCUUUGUGGCUGAGAUGGGCUUUAGGACCAUGUAGGCCCGGAUCGUCCAGGGAUAGGGUCUUGUGAUGACCAAGGAUAGCGUCUCGUCUGUUCCCGGUAUCUGCUUUUUUCUAAAUCGCGCCAUCGGCGACGGAAGUUCGUUGGGAAUUCCGUUACACAUGCCUGUCUAACAUGUUACAGAAAAACAUAGGAUGUGGAACUGUGGAAGACUGGAAGUAAUCAGAAAUUUGUACACUCAGCCAUUAAUAGACAUGAAAGAAACUAGGAUGACGACGUAUGCUUCAGCUUGAUAAACUCUUCAAUUCCAUGGUCACUCAAGCCGGAGUUUCAACAAAGGGAAGCUUAUCUCUCUACUAGAUAAGUGUUAAAUGCGUGUUGGUAUAAACAGUAAAAAGGUGAAAGUAAAUCAGAAAUGUGGUAGGAGGUGUUACAGUGUAUGGAAAAGGGGAUGAGGCAGAGGCAGCAAAGAAAUAGUGAUGGAUUGCGCACUAUAUGGACACCUGAAAUGGACAGAUAUUUCAUUGAGCUGAUGCUAGAAGAAGCUGGAAAAGGGAACAGGAUUGAUGAUCAUUUAUUUAGUAAACGAGCAUGGAACCACAUGACGCUCUUGUUUAAUACAAAAUUCAGGUUUCAAUAUGAAAAAGAUGUUUUGAAAAACCGACACAAAACAUUAAGAAAUGUGUACAAGGUAAUAAACAAGCUCCUUGCCCUAGAUGGGUUUAGCUGGGACCAUACUCGACAAAUGGUGAUCGCUCAUAAUGAAGUCUGGGAUGAUUAUAUCAAGGUACACCCAGGUGCUCGGUCAUACAGAAUAAAAAGCAUUCCGUAUUACUAUGAUUUAUGUGAGAUAUAUAAAAAAAAAAUAUCCGGUAUUGUUGAUACUUCUUGUGGUAUUAUUGUUGUUGAUGAGUUUAUGAUGGAUGAAGAGGUUGAGGCUGGAGGGAGUCGGACAUAUUGGGAGCCAGGGAUGGAUGGAUACUUGAUUGAGCUGAUGGUGGGCCAGCUUCAGAAAGGAAACCAGAUAGACGGCUUGUUCCUCAAGCAAGCAUGGAUGGAGAUGAUCAACUCCUUUAAUCACAGGUUUGGUUUCAAGUAUCAUCUUCAUACUCUCAAGAACCGAUACAAGACCUUUAAGAGACAAUAUAACACCAUAAACAAGCUUCUCGGAUCACAAGGCUUUUUAUGGGAUGAUUUACGCCAAAUGGUAGUUGCUGAUGAUCACACCUGGCAGGAUUACAUCCAGACAAAUCCAGAUGCACGCCAAUACAUGACACGACCAGUGCCUUAUUACAAGGAUUUGUGUAUUGUAUUUGUAUGUAAAGAGACUCUUACUACUGUUUCAGCAGCAGAUGAUCAGCAGGAGUCUUCCCAUAACUCCUCUGUUGCUGUAGAACAUGUGAUUGAAGCCAUUCAGGGCUUACCUGACAUGGAUGACGACCUCAUCUUGGAUGCUUGUGAUUUUCUCGAAGAUGAUAAAAAAGCCAAAACAUUUUUAUCCUUGGAUCUUAGACUAAGAAGGAAGUGGUUAAUUAGGAAACUUCGCCCCCAACCUUCAACUGCUACUUAAAUAAUUUUGUAUUGUGUUGUGAAAUUACAAAAACAUGACAAGAUACGCCCUUCUCCUUAAAAGAGAUUUGCAAAUCAUUUGAUAGGAAGAGCAAUCACUGUGGUACUGCGACCAAUGAGAAAUAUAAUCAUCUAAACCUACUUUUCUGUCGACCA